AUCUAUAAUCAAUGCUGGGGUUAUCAGUGCUGCAGUAAGGAAACAUCUGUCCUGCAUCUGCAGGGGGACUGAGAAGGGGGCUGAUUGGAAAAUUAGAAAUCAGAUUUUUUGCUUGAAAUUUAUACAUUUUCUAACUUUUUGAUGUGAUUGUAGGACGAGUUGAACUCAGCUGUCAUUUUUUUAAGUUGCAGCCAUGUACAGCUGUGGCUACUCUCAGGUCAGCAAGCAGAGCCCGCAGGCCAAGAAAACGAUGCAGUACCGCUCCAAGAACAAGAGCUGUGGCUACUACAUGCGCAUCGUCUUCUUCUUCUCCUCGCUCAUCCAGUCUCUGAUCAUAGUCAGCCUGGUGCUCUUCCUGCUCUACGGGAAGUCUCAGGACACGGCGUGCGCAGCCCGCACCCUGGACCUGGAGGAGAGCUUCAGCCGCCUGUCCAUCGACAACGUGGCCCUCAAGCAGCAGCGCAAGAACCUCACCAACAUGCUGAACGCCACAACCACAAACAAGGUUCGCUGUGAGUUUGAUCUGCGUAAUCUGCGCCUCUUCUCCAACAAAUCCAUCGGCAUCAUGUUGGACUGUGACAAGAAAUUGCAACAGUGUAACACAGAGGCCCCCAAGGUUAGAGCCAUCAGUCCACCUUUGCCAGGAAUUCCAUGCAACUGUGGAACAAUGACCGAGCAACUCAAGGCCAAACUCCAGCUCCUGGAGUCCAACUUCACGUCAGAGACACGGAAGAUGAGGAUGGACAUGGACCAGAUGGCAAAAGAGAGGGACAAUCUCAACCUGGUUGUAAUCCAUCUGCGCAAAGACAAGUCUGCCAAACAGAUGGAGCUUCUAAACUGCCAGGAGCUCUCAAAAGCCGACAUCUCCAAAAACCUGGGCUCCGUCUCCAAGGUCACCCACGAUCUGCUCGGCAAGAUCGAGUCCGUCUUCCCGAAGCACGUCGCCUUCCAGCUCAGCUGUAAGAACCAGCAGGAUCACCUGGAGCAGAUUCACAGGAACUGCACCAGGCUGUCCCGGGAAGUGGAGGGCAAGCUGCAGUCCUACCUGAACGGCGUGGCGGAGCAGCUGUUCAACAUCCAAACGGAGAACAGCCGCUUCAAGUCCGAGAACAGCCUGCUGUACGAGGACUACCGCUGGUGCAGCCAGAACCGCACCGGCCUGAUCGAACAGCACCGGCAGAGCCAGGAGGAGAUGCAGCAGAGGUGGGAUAAGGACAAGGAGAGACUGCUGAUGGAGAAGAUGAAGCUGAAUGGGGAGAUGGAGGUCCUGAAGAGCACGGUCAGGUUAAAAACGGCGGAAAUCGAUAACCUUGGAGAGCAACUGCGGCGGAUGAACUUGACGUGCCCACCCAAGCCUGGACCGCCUUUCACACCCUCAAGACCAAUCAACCAUUUUGACAUUACAAAGUUCGGGUUGGGCGGUUUAGGUCAUGCCGUCGAUUCAACGUUGAAUAAGCCUAGAUUUGAUGGAGCAGGAUCUACGGGGACAGGUCUGUUUAAUGCAGGUGGAGGUGGCCCAACGAAGCCAGAAGGUAACAUAAGGGACUCCUCUUCGCUGUUUAAACCGUUAGAAUCUCCUCCAAAGUUCGGCUCGAGUGGGUUAGACACAAACAAGCCAGCAGCAGGCAGCAAACUCCCCACUACUUUGGGGUCUGGGGCAAGUAGAGGUGGAUCGAUGCCGGCAUUUCCCUCUUGGCCGAUCAGCGGAUCUCGGCUGGGCCAGAGUAACAGCGAAGCAGGAAGAAUGUCAGGCGGAGGUAGCUUUGGAUCUUCACUGGGUCAAGGAAGGACAACUGGAGUGGGAGGAGGACAAAGUAGUUUUGCCCAGCACAUUAAAGAUCUACAGCGUCUGAUCAACCCCCCCGGUCCUGAAGACAAACAGGAUCUGUCCAGAAUCCUGGGUUGAUCCUCUUUUCACACAAGAUAAGCAAAGAAAAACUUCUCAUUUUACAUUUAUAACAGUGUUUAUGUAACGUUUAUGCCACAGAUUCCUUUGUUUCAAUCAUAUUUUCUUGUCAUUUAUGGUAUUAAAACUGUACUCCCAAGUAAACUGCUGCCUCCAUAUGCAUGUAUGACAGUAAUCCUUUUGUUUGUAACAUGUAAAGUUUGUGCAAUCCAAACGUGUUUUUAUGACACGUGUAAAUACGUGAAAGUAAAAUCUGCCUUAAAGUCAGUCUAUUGUUCUCCACCCCCCUAUGGGUUCAUCAUAAACAAAGCUAUUUAAAAUAUUAGCCCACUCAGACCUGGAAGUUACUGUUUGUCCCUGCGUGCGUCACCUAUUGUGUUGGCUAAUUGUCUCCGAAUGACUCCCCAGCCCCCCCAUGGGAGCAUUUAUUGGCUAUCCUUGUAUCUGCGUGUUUUUUUGUUUUUUAAAUUGUUCCUGCCCACCUGCUGGAUGAGUUGAGGCAGAAAAGCAAAAACAUCGUGACUAUGCUUCACUAAAGCUGAAUAAAAUGUUUGAGAAUGAGUCUGAUUUGAGUUUCUAGUGAGUCUAGACUGAAGAAAAUAGGUUUUUAUCCUACAAAUGGACUGUUGUAUCAUAGUUGUGUUGCUGCUGAUGUUUGUGAUCACAUUUCAUUCAGUAGGACACACAACAGGGAGCAUGGGAACAAACAAACAUCCUGCUAAUUCCACAGCAAAGGGACAACAACACCGAAUCAAUCGGAGCCACGCAGAAGCACAUUUGUAUUGGUGCCAAUUAAUAAAUACAGCUCUCCAGCGGCGGGACGGCUCUUUCCUGUCCAAAGGAUUUCCUUUGUUUGACAUCAAGUGUUUUUCCACGCCGGGGAUGAGCAGCGCCGUGCAGGACGUAAAAAGGCCACAGGCUGGCACCUUCUGGAGUCGCUUCUUUACAAGACAAAGGAGCGUCAGGAGCGUCCGUGGCUCUGUGGAAUCUCAAAUGUGCUUCCUCGCCGCUCAUGUCCGCCAGGCUCCUGUCACUUCUGUUUGAGUGUUUCACAUCCUGCAAUUUAGCAGCUUUGUGGGUUUUUUUAGAAGGAUUUUUGACAAAAAUGCAUCAGGAAGACCUGUGACAUCUGCUGAAGAAAGAGGAUAUAAACUUUAUUCAAAAGCGACCUUUGUAAAAUGUAACACAAUCUUAAGUUUCCUGAAUACAUUUUAAUACAUUAGUUAAAGAAUAGUAUUCACAGUCCAGUGUUUAAAGAAAAACUGCAGAUAGAAGGUAGAGUUGGUACACGACUUCAGGAAUGUAUUAAAUUUAUCCAAGUUAUAUCAUUCAAAAACACUAAAUAUAUUGUUUUUCAUUAAAACAUUAACCCUUUAACACCUGAAUCAUCAUAAGUGACGCUUAAAAACUUUUAACAUACUAUAACCUUUCUACCGUUGACACGAUCACCGUCAUUCUAAUAGAGGCUCGCGCCGCUUUUCUCCUUCAGAAUCUACCAGAAUGACCUUGAUCGUGUCAAUGGUUUAAGAAUUACGGUAAAUAAAAGAAGCUCCGGUGUUAAAGACUUAAAUUCGUGAAGCGUUUCAGUCUGGUUCUAUGGGGUAAAAUCAUAAUCAGCUUAAAGUGAAUGAAAAACUAAGAUUGUAAAUUUGAAAAACUGAUGCUAUAAGUUAAAAAAAGGGAAA